UAAUAUUAUGUAUUGACAAUAUCGACAUCGGUAGUAUGUCAAUAUCAUGUGAUUUUCGUGUAGGCGGCAAUGAAAAUUUAUAGUUUUUAUUGAGUUACUUUACGUGAUUUUAUACAGAAUUCUAUCUUAUUUCCGUGGCGGUAGUUUAUUAAGAAAAAAUUAAUUACAAUGAUAAGAUACCGACGAAAGUUUGCCGCCUUUAUAACAAAUCAAUUUCAAAGUAAAUUUUGUAAACAAGGUCCUAAUAUUCUUAAAGCAAAUAGUGUACAAAAUAGUCAAAUAAUUGCUUGUAAGUUGACUUUCAAACAAAAUUAUGUUACUAAGAUAGAUGAACAUGUGGCUACAUAUGAAGAAAUAGCAAAAAGUGUGAACAAACCAAACAAAAUUAUCGUGGAUGUACGUAAUCAAGAUGAAAUCAAAACCACAGGUCAAAUCCCUUCAAGUAUCAACAUACCAGUGAACAAUAUACAAGAAGUAUUGGAGUCAAUGUCUGAAACAGAGUUUCAAAGGAAGUACCACAGGCCUAAGCCUUCACAAUCUGAUGAAUUAAUUUUUUAUUGCAAGUCAGGAAAGAGAGCUACAGAGGCAACUAAUGUUGCUUUAAAACUUGGUUAUUCUAAGUCCAAAAAGUAUUUACCUGGCUGGGAUGGAUGGAAUGAAAAAAAAUAAAUCUUAUAAAAUACUUAAAUUAUAUACAAUUCAGUUAUUAUUACAUACUUGAUUUCAAAAAUAUUUAUUUCAAGUAUACCUUUAUCAUACUUAAAACAAGAAACAUUUAUCUUUUACUCUUUCACCAAAUUCAAUUUAAGAAAGCUAUAAUGUUUAGGAAGAUAGCUUUAUUUUAUUUGCAUUAAGUUAAUAAAAAGAUUGAAAUUU